UUCUGUGAUAAGUUUUUAGACUUGACGGUUGAUGAAUUAGAGAAUUAGACUGUACGACUUACAAGUGCCUCUGACAGGUGACUACUGACUGCUGAGAUGCUGCUUUGUGUUAAUUUAAAUAAAAUAAUAUUAUAUUAUAUUAACAUUCAUUGAAGUAAGCAUUGAUUCGCAUAGUAGCUGUAUAAUAAUAAAAUAUACGUGUUAUUAAAAUAGGUACAAUAAUGUAUCGUAUUUAAUUGGUGCUUUUAGUUUUUUGCUUGUUAAAAAUGAUGUAAAUACAAAUACACUAUUCAAUUACUAAAUACUUAUUAUAGUUACAUGCAUUGUAUCAUAUACUAGAAAAAAAAAAGUACACUACCUAAUAAUAAGGUAUUUAAAAGUUGAAUCAUUCAAAUCUAGUUCAGCUGCUGAUUUAAAGUUUGACCAUGUACAUUUUGAAUGAUUUCUUCAAAGCAUUAAGAUUGUUUGUCCAAACCCAUGCGGAGCUAGACAUAGAUAUUAAAUUUCCAACGUCAAAACACCACAUUAAUGGGCACAUCCGUUUCUAUUCAACUAAAAAUUUACAAAAUCUUGUUGAAAAGUUAGUGGAGGACUUGAUAAUCGUUGAAUGUUGCUCUUGGUCUUCAAAUUAUUUAUCAAUAUGGUUAAAAAAAGAAGUAUGGGCAUCCACAGUGAUGAAAGAGAUAUUAAUGUCUGGCUGUAAAUAUGGUAGCAAUGAUGAUCACAAAGACACUGCAGUCUCAGUCAGUUCUGAUGAGUCUAAUGAUUCAGUUACAUGCUUGCGCAUUGUACUGUUGAAAGAGGCGAUUCAAAAUUUGGCCAAAAUGAAUGGCUUUAUAAUAGGAAAUGAUGGAUUGAAUUUAUUGGUGUCAAAAAAAAACAAUCCCACUAAUAGAAAUCUUAUAUUGUGUGGUAAUGUUGUUUGUAAUAUGCCAGUCAAAGAAUAUAAACAGCAAAAACAAGACUCUAUUACUAAAAUGUCAGCUAAUCGUAUUGAGUCUAAUGAAUAUCCGGUCGAUAUAAUUUCAAAAUUAUGUCAUGCAUCAAUCGUCUAUGAAUUAUUAAGUGUCCGCCACAAUAAAGUUAUUAAUACAGAAUGUGAUACAUCAAAUAAAGACAGUGGUAUUUUCAUAAUGUAUAAUUACUCUAGACUAUGUCAAAUAUGGAAAGCAUAUCAACAAGAUGUUAUUGGCAAUUACCAUGAUUAUUUACCAGACAUUGAUUCUGUUAACUUUGGAUUGUUGACUAGUAAUGAAGAAUGGAUUUUAAUUUUCAACUAUUUAUCAAUGUAUCCUUUGGUUAUUCAACAAUCUGUCAAACACUUGAUGUCAGCCAAUGUGGAUAUCCAUAGAUUGUGCAAGUUUUUAAUGGAAAUGUCAUCAGCAGUUAGCCUAUUUUAUCAUAGGUAUCAUAUUUUAUCAAGUCCAUUGCCGUUGAUGAACGCUCGAAUAUAUUUAGUCAAAACGUCAAUACAGGUGUAUGAAAAUGUUUUCCAAUUAUUGGGCAUUAAAGCUGUACGUGAAAUGUAAAUGGUACUAAUAGACAAAGGCGUUAUGGAAGGCGAAUGCCAAUGUUGAUCAAUAUCGACGUAAAAUAAUAUUGUUUUUUUUUUUUUUUUUUUUUUUUUAAUUAACCUAUACC